GUAAUGCUCGACACGUAAACAAACUUAUAGUGUCUUAUACCUGAGUUUACUUUUAUGUUCGUGGUCGUGGACGUGGAGCAGUGUCUUUUUGGCAAGGAAGCACACAAAAGUAUUUGAGUUAGAGGAGCCAGUGUUUGACUGUGAGCUGUGAUCAGGGUGAUGGGUGCCAACUCAAGCAGUUUCAGCAGUCUUUCAUCCAAUGAGUUGCUCAAAAAAUUUGUUAGCCCUGAAAUUAUAUCUUACAAUGACCCAUUCUGGAAUUCAUUGCUUUCUUUUGCUUCAAAGGUUCCUCGAUCUAGCGGAGAUUCCCGUUUGCUGGAUGAAAAUAUAGAAAGCCUUUUCCAUGAGCUUGUGAAGAAUUCUCCUCAAUCUGGUAACUUGGGCACACUCAUUAGUGUCUUUCUGGCCCGAGGUGUUGAGCUCAAGGAGUCUGCAAGAUGCAACAAUUCCUUAUUUGUUUGGCAUGCCCACAACGCUCUUCUCAUAGUGCGGGUAGUGACGAAGCUUCUGCUAGAGCACUAUACUGAAGAUGAAGUUUUACAAAUUCUCUCACUCCAACGUUCAGAGAGCAGCAUACCAGCAAGUAUUGUUAGCUGUGGCAGUCCAGUGAGUCAACUGCUGCGUCGUGUUGUAUGCAUUCUGGUUGAGUUGCCACUCUCUCCCACCACCAGCGCUCUGCACCUUGAGGCUAUCACUGCACUCACUGUCUUCCUCUCUGCACAACUGGUGCAGAGAUCUGAUGUGCAACACAGGAACAAGUUCUUCAGGUUACUUCACGAAAGUUGUGGAAGCAAAGAGAAGGUGCAACUGAUGGAGACGCUGAUGUUGUGGCUUAUCCAGCGACCGCCUCCACCACCUGACCCUGAUUCUUCAGGCAGCUUUGUCGCGGGGUUGGCAGCUGGCUUGUGGUCGGUGCUGACGUUGGGCUUGGCUGGCAAGGACGCUGCUGAUGGCGCUGAUAAUGAAGCUGAGCUACCACUAGUUCAUAAGGACGUUCCUCCCUCGCCUCUUGCUGACCAGAGUCAGUUACUGCUGCUGGUGCUGGCGACCCACACCACUCACAACACCUUCAGAGAUGUUUUCUUCUCGUGCACCAACGAGCGAGGUCCAGACACGGGGGAGCUGAGUCUUCCCUUCGCUGAUUUAUAUGCCGCACUCACUCUGACACUGCACACCGAGCAGACCACGCUGCUGCUCUACAUGCUCCUCCACAACUGCCGGCACUUCAGACUGUACGUGCUGAGCCGCAGCGACGUCGAGGCGCUGGUGCUGCCGCUGCUGCAGGCUUUGUACUUCGCGUCAAAGCUCUCCUCCCAUCACGUCUACAUGGCGCUCAUCGUGCUGCUCAUGCUGAGCGAGGACACUGCAUUCAAUGCUGCACUGCACGACAUACCUGCAGGCAGCGUGUCGUGGUUCACGGAGCGUCCGCUGUCCAACAUGUCGCUGGGGGACCUCCUCAUACUCGUCCUCAUCCGCACCAUCACCUUCAACAUGACCAAGAUGAGGGACCGCUACCUACACAGCAACUGCCUGGCUGCCCUGGCCAACAUGUCUAGUCAGUUUCGCAGCGUACACCCGCAUGUCUGUGAGCGUCUCACGUGCCUCCUGGAGACCCUGGCUCGUAGACACGCUCGGGUCUGCGAGUCCAUCAAGACCAGCGAAAACCACGACAACCACGUCGUGGCCUGCGACCAGGAAGACGAGCUGUUAAGUGACCUGAGCGUCAUCGAAGAGGUGCUGCGCAUGGUGCUCGAGAUAAUCAACUCUACACUCACCCAUCAACUCGCCCACAACUCGCAACUCUUGUACACUUUGCUCUACAAGCGACACAUUUUCUUACCGUUUUCUACGCAGCCCAACUUCUCUGACGUUUGUAUGAACAUCGACGUCGUACUUAAUUAUCUUAUGAACAAACUCGAGAACUCCACAACUGAUCCUUCCGUCUCCGAUGUCUUGCAAGUGAUAGAAGAAGGCGUAUUGCAGCUGCCCAAGGACCGUCUGCACAAGUUCCCUGAGUUGAAGUUCAAGUACGUCGAGGAGAGCUCGCCAGAGGAGUUCUUCAUGCCGUACGUGUGGACGCUGGUGUACCAGAGCUCUGGCCUCUACUGGAACCCUUCACGAGUCUCGCUUAUUGAUCCUAUAGAUUGCAGUGCAUAGAAAAUAGCGUUACGUCUGAUUUUCCUUUUCCUUAACCUUUCAAUGAGAAAUUACAUUGGAUAAAAAGACGUCAUGUAAUCUUUCGUGUACCAGAACUCUGGCCUCUACUGGAACCAAACACGAGUCUUGCUUAUUGACCCAUAGAAUGCAGGGCAUAGGAAGAUGUUACUGUCAUCCUUCCAUGCGAAUUUUUAAUGAAAAAUUAUAGUGGAUAAAAAGACAUGUUUUCAUGCUUCAAGUAUUGUUGUUUCUGUCGCAUCAGAAAUUCUUAUGCUGGAGCUAACGAGGCAUAUUAAUUAGCUUUAUUUAUUUCGAGAUCCGGUCGUAGUAAGACGUAUUUUUUGUCGAUAUUCAGCAUGUGGUCCCUGAAUGAAGUUUAUGCAAUACUGUCUUAAUCGCUGUUGUGAAACUCUAAUUUUAUUCUGAACAUAAAAUUGUAGUUUAUUCUAUUAAUAAACUUUUGUGUAACUUGUCGGCCAAAUCACUUUGUCUUUGCACAGCUAUUAUUUUUGAGAAAGAUUGUCUUGGAAAAGGAAGAUGUUCAUCUUUUCUUGAUGUGUCAAUGAAUAUGCUGUGUACUUAAUAUUUUCUUUUACUGUAACAACAACAAUGGCAAUCGUUAAUGAGUAGAACUAGUGGGUACUUAAUGAUUCACUAUUUAAGUAUUUGUUUUGCUGCAUUGUCGAUUACGACUAGGAAGGUUUUUAUUCAUUAUUGCUUUUUUUCGGUUCGGCGGAGAAUUUGUAUUAUGUCUUCGUUUGUGUUGCGUGAUUAUGUGGUAUGUCUUUAAAAUCUAUUUUUUUUAUACUUACGUGGCUCACCAUGUUCAUUAGAUAGGCACCAGCUCCUGAAAUUGAUUGAGAAUUUUUGAUUUGAUUGAUAUUUCAUUCGAUUGAGAAUUUAACUACUCGCUCUUUUGGGAUUUGCGCUUAAUUAUUCAUUCAAUCAGUCAUAAUUUACAAGUUUAUCUAUCAUUCGUGACAGUAAUAUUAGUCAAAAGGUUAAAUUUUCACGAGCACUUUGAGGAUUGCAAAAAUUUCUAUGUUGUUGUCGUGGUGAAUACUUGUUAUUCAUGUCGAAUACAAACAUUUUUUUGCACCAGAGAUGAUAGAAUCAUGGUCGUCUGCGGGUAUAUUUCGAUUCUCAAUUCCAGUAAAAAGUCAGCAUCUGUAUUGGGUUUUCUAUAGAGUUUUUAUUUUAUUUCAAUUGAUCCUACAACUCCCACCGACCCCGAAGACUGCGCUAGUUGAUCACGCACAGUCGUGUCGCCAUGAACUGCCGUACGAAACGAUUCGUAACGCAAGCAUUUUCGUGUAAAAAAUGUGCGUCCCUGGCCAUGUCCAUUAUAUCAUUUCUUUCAAGAUCAUUCAUGUUGCCACAAGUUUAUUUCAGUGUAAAGUUGUUUCGUUUUACAAAAAUGUUAUGCAAAUUUCACUCGACAAUAGAAAAUCCUAUAAAAAUAUGAUUUAUUUUGUAGAAAAAUAUCUGCUAUUUCAUUUUCUUUUGUACAAGUUAUUUGUGUUUAUAAGGAUAUUUAUAUUAUUUAUUUUUGUCGUAUUCUUGAAGCUAUGAGCCGGUUAUUAAAAUUAUGCGUAUG